AUGGGCGCAUAUUGCAACGACGCCGUUUCAUUUCCACCGCGUUACGACGUCGUUUCCUCUCGAGACAAACACGUUCAUGACAACGUCCAUGGCAACAUCUUCAUUGAUUCUCUUUGUUUGAAGUUCAUUGACACUGAACAGUUUCAGAGGCUUCGUGAGUUGAAACAACUCGGUUUCACACACUUGGUGUAUCCGGGUGCUGUCCAUUCCAGAUUCGAGCAUUCUCUUGGAGUGUAUUGGAUUGCUGGUCAAUCUGUUGAAAAGCUUAACAGUUAUCAAGGCAUGGAGCUUGGUAUUGAUAAAUUUGAUAUGCAAACAGUGAAACUUGCUGGACUAUUGCAUGAUGUAGGACACGGGCCAUUCAGUCACUUGUUUGAACGGGAGUUUCUUCCUCAAGUUAACAGCGGUUCUCAUUGGUCACAUGAACAAAUGUCGGUCAACAUGGUUGAUUAUAUAGUUGAGGAACACAAUAUUGAUAUUGAAUCUCAGAUGUUAAAAAGAGUCAAGGAGAUGAUAUUGGCAAGCUCCGAAUUUUCUCUUCCUAGGAGCUCAAGUGAGAAAAGUUUCCUGUAUGAUAUUGUUGCAAAUGGACGAAAUGGAAUCGAUGUUGACAAAUUUGAUUAUAUUGCCCGUGAUUGUCGAGCUUGUGGUCUUGGAUGCAACUUUGAGUUUCAAAGGUUAAUGGAGACCAUGCGGGUCUUGGAUGAUGAGAUUUGUUAUCGUGCGAAGGACUAUCUUACAAUCCACAAGUUGUUUGCCACUCGGGCUGAUCUGUAUAGAACAGUUUAUACACAUCCAAAAGUAAAGGCAAUUGAGCUUAUGGUGGUUGACGCACUUGUGCAAGCAAAUGCUUAUUUGCAGAUUUCAGAUACCAUUCAAGAUCCAGCUGAAUACUGGAAGCUGGAUGAUUCAAUAAUCAAAACCAUCGAGACUUCUCCAUUGGAAGAACUGAAGGAAGCUAGAGAGUUGAUUCUGCGCAUUCGAAGGAGGAACCUGUACCAGUUUUGUAACGAGUAUGCUGUUCCAAGGGAUAUAAUGGAUAAUGUUAAGAAAGUCACUCCACAGGAUAUAGUUUGUUCCCAGAAAAAUGGCGGAGUUAUGUUGAAAGAGGAGGAUGUCGCUGUUAGUAACGUCAAAAUUGAUUUGACUCGCGGAAAGCACAAUCCUCUAGAAAGCAUCCACUUUUUCAAGGAUUAUGAAAGUGACGAGAAAUUUACAAUUCCUGAUGAGCGCAUAAGCCACUUGUUGCCUACAUCUUAUCAAGAUAUGAUUGUAAGAGUGUACUCAAAAAAGCCAGAACUGGUGGAAACAAUUUCAGAGGCAUUUGAAAAUUAUCAGCUUAAAACAUACGGAAUCAAAGCACAGGUACAUUCAACACCAAAGAAGAAACGUGGUUAUGAUUCAUGUGUAUGA